CUCUCGCAGCAUCUUCCCGGGAGCCUUUGGAGGGGAAGCAGCAGCAACCCCCAAGCAUCCAUGGCCUGCCUGGGGGGUUAACACUGGUCUCUUCUUGGCUUUUUUUUGGCAGCACCCCGAGAGCGUCUCUCUGCCGCAGCGUUGGUGAAGGACCUGGCUGGGAGCUGAAAGCCUGUCCUCCUGCCUUUUCUUUUUCCAGACUCUUUGGAAAUUAAGGAAUGCAAUUCUGCCACCAUGAUGGAAGGAUUGAAAAAACGUACAAGAAAGGCCUUUGGAAUACGGAAGAAAGAAAAGGACACUGAUUCAACUGGUUCACCAGAUAGAGAUGGAAUUCAGCCCAGCCCUCAUGAACCACCCUACAAUAGCAAAGCAGAGUGUGCGCGUGAAGGAGGAAAAAAAGUUUCGAAGAAAAGCAACGGGGCACCAAAUGGAUUUUAUGCCGAAAUUGAUUGGGAAAGAUAUAACUCACCUGAGCUGGAUGAAGAAGGCUACAGUAUCAGACCAGAGGAACCUGGCUCUACCAAAGGAAAGCACUUUUAUUCCUCCAGUGAAUCUGAAGAGGAGGAAGAAUCACACAAGAAAUUCAACAUCAAGAUUAAGCCAUUGCAAUCUAAAGAUGUUCUUAAGAAUGCAGCAACAGUAGAUGAACUCAAGGCAUCCAUCGGCAACAUUGCCUUAUCCCCUUCCCCAGUGGGUGCAAUUAAAAGGAACUUAUCCAGUGAAGAGGUGGCCCGACCCAGGCGUUCCACACCAACUCCAGAACUCACAAGCAAGAAACCUCCAGAUGACCCAAUGGCCCUUGCUCCUCUUUUUGGCCCACCAUUAGAAUCAACUUUUGAUGAACAGAAGACAGAAGUUCCUUUAGAUCAGCCUGAGAUAUGGGGUUCAGGCCAACCAGUUAAUCCAAGCAUGGAGUCGCCAAAGCUAACAAGGUCUUUUCCCACUGGAACACCUCCACCACUACCUCCAAAAAAUGUACCAGCCACUCCACCCCGAACAGGUUCCCCCUUACCAGUGGCACCAGGAAAUGACCAGUCAGCCACAGAGGCCCCAAUUGAAAAGCCACCAUCCAUCAAUGACCUGGACAGCAUUUUUGGCCCCGUGCUGUCCCCCAAGUCGGUGGCGGUUAACGCAGAAGAAAAGUGGGUGCAUUUUUCUGAUACCUCCCCGGAACAUGUGACUCCAGAUGUGGCACCAAGGGAAAAGGGGGAUUCUCCACCAGCCGCCUCCGACAGCCCAGCUGACUCCCCGCCUCCUCCGGGCACCCCGGGGACCCCAGGCCCUCCUGGGGGGCCUCCUCCUGCUGGGCCUCCUCGCAAUAUACCUUCACCGCUGAAUUUGGAAGAAAUCCAGAAGAAAGUGGCCGAGCAGAGCUGCGUGCGAGACGAGUACUUAGAAACAGUCUCUUCUCCGAAAGAGCUGGGGGUGGGCCAGAGAGCCACCCCACCACCCCCACCGCCCCCCACCUACCGGACUGUGGUUUCAUCACCCGGACCAGGCUCGGGCGGUGGCACAGGGCCCGCCAGUGGUGCAUCAUCCCCUGCUCGACCAGCGACGCCCUCCAUUCCUUCCAGCAGCACCACCCCACCUCCACCUCCUCCUCGGCCUCCAUCACGGCCCAAGCUGCCCCCAGGAAAACCUAGUGUCGGAGACGUGCCCAGACCUUUCAGUCCUCCCAUUCAUUCUUCCAGUCCUCCUCCAAUAGCACCCCUAGCCCGGGCUGAAAGCACCUCUUCAAUAUCGUCCACCAAUUCCUUGAGUGCAGCCACUACUCCCACAGUUGUGUCAGAAGAUGAUGUUUUUUAUGACAAACUGCCCUCGUUUGAAAGGCGCUGUGAAACGCCUGCAGAGAAUGAACAGCCUUCCCUCGUUUGGUUUGACAGAGGAAAGUUUUAUUUGACUUUUGAAGGUUCUUCCAGGGGUCCCAGCCCUCUAACCAUGGGUGCCCAGGACACACUACCAGUUGCAGCAGCAUUUACAGAAACAGUUAAUGCCUACUUCAAAGGAGCAGAUCCAAGCAAAUGUAUUGUGAAGAUUACUGGAGAAAUGGUGUUGUCCUUUCCUGCUGGCAUCACCAGACACUUUGCCAACAACCCCUCACCAGCUGCACUGACCUUCCGGGUGUUAAAUUUCAGCAGGUUAGAACACGUCCUGCCAAAUCCUCAACUUCUCUGCUGUGAUAAUACCCAAAAUGAUGCCAAUUCUAAGGAAUUCUGGGUGAACAUGCCAAACUUGAUGACUCAUCUAAAGAAAGUAUCAGAACAAAAACCCCAGGCUACCUAUUAUAACGUGGACAUGCUCAAGUAUCAGGUGUCUGCCCAGGGCAUCCAGUCCACACCCUUGAACCUGGCAGUGAACUGGCGGUGUGAGCUGGCCAGCACCGACCUGCGCAUAGAUUACAAAUACAACACAGAUGCAAUGACCACCGCUGUGGCCCUCAAUAACGUGCAGUUCCUGGUCCCCAUCGAUGGAGGAGUAACCAAGCUCCAGGCCGUGCUCCCACCGGCAGUCUGGAAUGCUGAACAACAAAGAAUAUUAUGGAAGAUUCCUGAUAUUUCUCAGAAGUCAGAAAAUGGAGGGGUGGGUUCUUUACUAGCGAGGUUCCAGUUAUCUGAAGGUCCCAGCAAACCUUCCCCAUUGGUUGUGCAGUUCACAAGUGAAGGAAGCACCCUCUCUGGCUGUGACAUUGAACUUGUGGGAGCAGGAUAUCGAUUUUCACUCAUCAAGAAAAGGUUUGCUGCAGGAAAAUACUUGGCAGAUAACUAAUAAAAUCUUAUGCAAGGAUUUGGAAGAGUCGUGUCUUGGAGAACUGUUAUGUGAGAAACAGAUUUCUGUUUUGGUUUGAUCAAAGCAAGCCAAAAUCUGCACUUGGGGGUAUUGCUGGAAAGGUCGUUGACUUUCAGCAAUUAUUUCCCUCCCACAUACGUCCUACAGUAUUUACUUCUAGGUGUAAUAUUGUUAAUGGUUUUAAAAUGUAAUUAUUGUAUUUGUAUAUUGUACUCAUUCCAGUAAGGCAGUUAGACAACUUGAGUUUUAGCAUUUUACCAUUCCUGGAAUGGUUGUAAUUUAAACUGUGGUAUGUAAAUUUACUAGUAGCACUAUUGACUGCUUACUGAGGUAGACUGCAUUUUGUCAAUAUAUAAAAUUUAAAGAUAAUAUGGAUAGCUGUCACACGGGGGUGCCACAAUACCAAGAAAAUUAAGUGGAACCAGACCAAAAAAUUACUUUUCUUCGGUCCUUAGUAUGUUUUAUUCUAGUGCAAAAUGAAAAAGUCUAUCUUCAAAUGUUUAAUGGGUUAAAUUAAGACACUAUUUCAGAAUAAAAGUUCUAGGGUUACAGCAUAUUCAAAAAAAAAAGCAUUAAUUACCACUUUUUAAAAAGCUUUUUUUUCAAACCGCAAAUUUCAUAAAAAUGCAAACUGUGUAAACAGGACCUCUUAUUUUUAUAACUUGUGUAAAAAGGGAAAGCAGUUCAUAUUUAAAGUUUAAGUAUAUGAAAUUAUAAUCAAGAGUAGAGAAGAUGAUGUCUUUACCACAUGUCCACCUCUCUACAGUUUAUCAAUGUAGAGAUUGCUGAGAAAUCAGACUGAACCCAAAAUGAUGUUAAAAUUCCCAACUUUCCACUGAUCUGGUUAGCAACUUUUGCACAAUGAUAACUUCUAACACGGAAUCUGGCCCUGCUAGUGCAGGGAUAGUACCUCCAAUCUUUCUCUUAAAUCCAUAGAAAUCAAAACAUUGAGACUGAAAAUCCUAAGGGCAGUGGUGAGAAAUAUCCUUCUCCCAUUUAGGUCCAGAAGGAGAAUUUGUAUCAUCAUCAUUUCUAUAAUUUGGGAUGAAAAAAGGAAAGCUUUAUUAUGGAUGAAAUUCUAAUCACCACUAUGGUGCAAUAAAUUUCGUUUUGGAUGAGUAAGAUCAUUGUAUGUAACUACAAAUAUUUGCCGAUCUUGGGGAAUGGGAGUUAUACAACCUUUAUGUCAUAUAAUUGUUACAAAAUAUGAUUAAAAAAAUCGCAGUUUCUCUACCUAACCUACCCUUCUCCCCUACUAUAUACAAUAUACAUAUUCAGUAUGGAAGAGUCCUUCCUUAGUGGUCCCAGUUCAAAAAUUUCUUCCAUUACAAUCUGAAAAUGUGAUUAUUCCAUCAAGUGAUAGAAUUAAUUUUAUCCAAAAUCCAAUUUCUAAGUCAUACUUCUAAGUAAUGGUGAUAGUAAACUGUUAUAUUUGUCAUUACAAAUUGUGAUUUUAUGUUCAACUAUAUUUCACCAAAAAAAAUCAUCAGUCUCUAUAAAUUGUAAAACAAAACAAAUUUUGUAAGUUUUACUUUUAAGAUGAGGUUGACCAGCAUUUGUUUUUAAUAGAACUUUUUUGAGUAUCGUUAUUUAUAUUUCUCAAUCAGUGCUUGCCUCAUGAGAGGCAAAAUGAUUGUUUUAGCUCAAAGAAAUUCCUCCUAUUUAAACAAAUCCUCCUUGAAGUCCCAACAGCAAUCCUUUGUUGAAGUUUUUUGAACACAUAAGAUGCUUAGUCUAAGUAAAAAUAUUCACUAUUAUUUUGAAAACAAAACAGAAAGUGACAAAUUUUGAAUCCCAUUUCCACUAAAAUCAGCAGAGAGUUAAGCAACAGAAAAAAUUGUAUUAUCCUGCUUAUGAAUUUUUUAAAAAUUAAUUUCGAAGUCAUAGAAUCAUAAAAAAACAUACUGACUAAUAAUACAAAGCAUAUUAAAAUAUGUAAAUGUGACAGUCAUGUCUUGCUCUUUAUACUUUAUUUUAUAUAGUUCUGGAGUAAAUUAGUGAACACUGGUUUUAUUUUCAGAGAAUAAUUUUGUGGCUAUUGUAAAAAUGUAAUUUAAAAUAUAGAUUACAAUAAUCUCUCACAUUCCGGAAGCUAAAUUUGAAACUAUGAAGAUAUCCUAAGAUCCUGUAAUUGUUCUUUGUGAAAUAGAAUGAGAGUCAGUGAUUUCAAAAUUAUAAACCCAUGAAUAAUCAAAACCUCAACAAAGUAUACAUACAUAUAUAUGCAUAUAUAUGUAUAUAUACAUUCCCUUUUCCUUUCUGAAAAUACGUCAUAUACUAACACAAUAAAAUCCUAUCAGGGAUUA